AUGAUACAAUGGCCACUCUUAGAACGCGUCCCAGUAUUUGAUUUUUUGAAGGUCUUAACUGCAAGUACGUCUUGUGAUAGGUUGUUCAACGGUCGCAACUCUGGUUUUACCAUAUACUCUUGCUUGUGUUCCAGCAUAGACGAGGGGGGAAACAGCAUACCGCUGCUCACCGUGGCACUUCAGGUUAUGGCAAACCUUUUUCACCUAACUGUGCCUAGAACGAUAUUACUGAAUCACAUCGACACCACUCUAAGAGCAAUUUAUCAUGGGAGCAAGUAUCGAAUCAAGAUGGUACAGCAAGCGCAUUCCGCAUGUAUACAAAAUCUCAUUAUCGCAUCCGGAGAACGCCUACGCAAGUGGUCACAAAAAAUAGUUGGAUUUGUGCAUUGCGCGAUGUCGGCAUUGUGCGGUUUAGGCACAGAUGAAUCAUGGGUUGGAGGGGUAACACUUCGUUAUUGCUGUUCCUUGGAGACACUCAUCUCCCUUGACGUAACAGCGGUUGGGUAUGUAAGAGAGUCGGGGGUUCUAAAAUGUAUUCGUGAUGCAGUUCCUCCCCUUGUAAACCACUCUGUGGAUGUUGCGCUUGCGCGCCUGAGCCAAGUGGUGAAUUAA